GUGGUGUUUAAAAACAAACAACAACAAAAAAAGCAAAAAACAUUGUUUUUGGUGGUGUGACUCUUUUUUUUUAUUUUGGACACCCCCCCACCCCCCCCUUCCACCCUCUCUGUUUGAUUUCCCCUCUGGACCAUGGCCGACGACGACGUGCUGUUUGAGGAUGUGUAUGAGCUGUGCGAGGUGAUCGGCAAGGGCCCCUUCAGUGUUGUGCGGCGAUGUAUCAACAGAGAAACUGGGCAACAAUUUGCAGUAAAAAUUGUUGAUGUAGCCAAGUUCACAUCAAGUCCAGGGCUAAGUACAGAAGAUCUGAAACGGGAAGCCAGUAUCUGUCAUAUGCUGAAGCAUCCACAUAUUGUGGAACUGUUGGAGACAUAUAGCUCAGAUGGAAUGCUUUAUAUGGUUUUUGAAUUUAUGGAUGGAGCUGAUCUGUGUUUUGAAAUUGUAAAACGAGCAGAUGCUGGUUUUGUAUACAGUGAAGCUGUAGCCAGUCAUUACAUGAGACAGAUACUGGAAGCACUACGCUACUGUCAUGAUAAUAACAUAAUUCACAGGGAUGUGAAGCCCCAUUGUGUCCUCCUUGCCUCAAAAGAAAACUCAGCACCUGUUAACUUGAGGCUUGGAGUAGCUAUUCAGUUAGGAGAGUCUGGACUUGUUGCUGGAGGACGUGUAGGAACACCUCAUUUUAUGGCCCCAGAAGUGGUAAAAAGAGAGCCCUAUGGGAAACCUGUAGAUGUCUGGGGUUGUGGGGUGAUCCUUUUUAUUCUGCUAAGUGGUUGUUUGCCUUUUUACGGAACCAAGGAAAGAUUGUUUGAAGGCAUUAUUAAAGGAAAAUAUAAGAUGAAUCCCAGGCAGUGGAGCCAUAUCUCUGAAAGUGCCAAAGACCUGGUCCGCCGAAUGUUGAUGCUGGAUCCAGCUGAAAGGAUAACGGUUUAUGAGGCACUUAAUCAUCCUUGGCUUAAGGAGAGAGAUCGCUAUGCCUACAAAAUUCAUCUUCCUGAAACAGUAGAGCAACUGCGGAAAUUUAAUGCAAGGAGGAAACUAAAGGGUGCAGUACUGGCAGCUGUAUCAAGCCACAAAUUCAACUCAUUCUAUGGGGAUCCCCCUGAAGAGUUGCCAGAUUUCUCUGAAGAUCCUACUUCCUCAGGACUUCUAGCAGCAGAAAGAGCAGUCUCACAGGUGCUAGACAGCCUGGAGGAAAUUCAUGCACUUACAGACUGCAGUGAAAAGGACUUAGAUUUUCUACACAGUGUUUUCCAGGAUCAGCAUCUCCACACACUGCUAGAUCUUUAUGACAAAAUUAACACAAAGUCUUCACCACAUAUCAGGAAUCCUCCAAGUGAUGCUGUACAGAGAGCCAAAGAGGUAUUGGAAGAAAUUUCAUGCUACCCUGAAAACAAUGAUGCAAAGGAGCUAAAGCGUAUUUUAACACAACCUCAUUUCAUGGCCUUACUUCAAACUCAUGACGUAGUGGCACAUGAAGUUUACAGUGAUGAGGCAUUGAGGGUUACACCUCCUCCCACCUCUCCCUACUUAAACGGAGAUUCUCCAGAAAGUGCCAACGGUGACAUGGAUAUGGAGAAUGUUACUCGAGUACGACUGGUACAGUUCCAGAAAAACACAGAUGAACCAAUGGGAAUUACUUUGAAAAUGAAUGAGCUAAACCAUUGCAUUGUAGCAAGAAUUAUGCAUGGGGGAAUGAUUCACAGACAAGGUACACUUCAUGUAGGUGAUGAAAUUCGAGAAAUAAAUGGCAUCAGUGUAGCAAACCAAACAGUGGAACAGCUGCAAAAAAUGCUUAGGGAAAUGCGGGGGAGUAUUACCUUCAAGAUUGUGCCAAGUUACCGCACUCAAUCUUCAUCCUGUGAGAGAGAUUCCCCCUCUACCUCCAGACAGUCCCCAGCUAAUGGUCAUAGCAGCACCAACAAUUCUGUUUCGGACUUGCCAUCAACUACCCAACCAAAAGGACGACAGAUCUAUGUAAGAGCACAAUUUGAAUAUGACCCAGCAAAGGAUGACCUCAUACCCUGCAAGGAAGCUGGUAUCCGAUUUAGAGUCGGUGACAUUAUCCAGAUUAUUAGUAAGGAUGACCACAAUUGGUGGCAGGGUAAACUGGAGAACUCUAAAAAUGGUACCGCAGGUCUCAUUCCUUCUCCUGAACUUCAAGAAUGGAGAGUAGCUUGUAUUGCCAUGGAGAAGACCAAACAGGAGCAGCAAGCUAGCUGUACUUGGUUUGGAAAGAAGAAGAAGCAAUACAAAGAUAAAUAUUUAGCAAAGCACAAUGCAGUGUUUGAUCAAUUAGAUCUCGUUACAUAUGAAGAAGUAGUAAAACUGCCAGCAUUUAAAAGGAAAACACUCGUCUUACUAGGUGCACAUGGUGUUGGAAGAAGACAUAUAAAAAACACACUCAUUACAAAACACCCAGACAGAUUUGCAUACCCUAUUCCACAUACAACUAGACCUCCAAAGAAAGAUGAAGAAAAUGGCAAGAACUAUUACUUUGUAUCUCACGACCAAAUGAUGCAAGACAUAUCUAACAAUGAAUACUUAGAGUAUGGCAGCCAUGAGGAUGCCAUGUAUGGGACAAAACUGGAGACAAUACGGAAGAUCCACGAGCAGGGACUGAUUGCAAUACUGGAUGUGGAACCUCAGGCACUGAAGGUCCUGAGAACUGCCGAGUUUGCUCCUUUUGUAGUUUUUAUUGCUGCACCUACAAUUACUCCAGGCAUCAAUGAGGAUGAAUCUCUUCAGCGCCUGCAAAAGGAAUCUGAUAUCUUACAGAGAACAUAUGCACACUACUUUGAUCUAACGAUUAUCAACAAUGAAAUCGAUGAAACAAUCAGACAUCUGGAGGAAGCCAUUGAGCUCGUUUGUACAGCACCACAGUGGGUUCCAGUCUCCUGGGUCUAUUAAGCCUCUCACCAGAUAACUGAAGAAUUCUAUCAUAACUGGGAACCACCUCAUACAUGAAAAAACCUCUUCAUUACUGGCCUUGUGUCAACAGGUCUUGGCCCCUAGAGACUACCUAGAUGUAGUAUGACCUAAAUUUAACUAUUGUCAUGUCCAAAUAGAUAGGAGGAGGAAAAAAAAUUAAACAUUAACUUAAAGAGACAGUAUCUUUUUUAAUCAGUUCUCCUAAACUUUAAUAAAAAUGUAUCUUUAAAUGUAUGUAUUAUUCAAUCCUUUGGAAUGUUAUAUUUUUGGAAAUCAUAGCUUUUUAUUUCAAAGGCCCCUUAAAACUGCACAAAAUAGAUGCUGCUUUCUAUAAUCUAUUUUAAUAAUAAUAAAAAAUAAUUCUGUUACCUUGACAUGGGGGUGGAACACUACAUUCUUUUUAGAGUCUGAUUUUAUGGAUUGGAAAAUCUUGCUUUCCUUUAUUUAUUUGAAAUAAUCUAGUGAUUACAAAACAUUUUUAAAGGCCUUUUUUCUCUUUUUUUUUAGAAUAGUAUUUUUGUUAGGUACUUUUAUGUAACAUCCAGAUAAUGUGAUACUGUCUCUUUGAAGAAUUCUGUCAACCUUUUAGAGAUUUGAAAUUGGGUCUUGACUCUUAAUGCAUGUGGACAGUCGCAAGCUUUCAUGCUGUCGGUGUAUCUGUGUUGAAAAAAACUGUAAUCUACAGCAAAAGUACAUUCCGUUCAUGGGAAAACUACCCAAGGGAAUAAAAAUAAAAUGUUAUGACUAAGUUGUAAACCUAUGCACAUCCCUUGCAUUUUGGGCAACUUUAUAAAAAAACCUGAUUUUUAUUAAUAAUAAUCAUGUAGUGAAAUGUGUUUGUAAUUUUGUCUCAAUUUAAUUUGUUGUAAGGUGGGAGGGGGAAUUGCUGGUUUCAUCAUUUCGGAUCUGUGUUGUCUGAGAGUAUUAACGUUUUAAUUCAGCAAAGAAAUGAAGAUUUUUAAUAUGUAUGUAAUUGUUUUAAAUUUACCCAUUUUAAAAGAAAAUAAUGUGCAAUGAAGAAACCAGUUUAGGCAUUUGCUAUAAACUGAAUAUUCCAAAAAGAUUCAUCUUUGACAGCCCUGUAAAUUCCUUAAGAAUGGUAACUGACACUACAGUUUGACCAAUUUUUUUUUUAAAUACACUUCCUUUUAUGUGUUCAACAAUUAAAUGCCUUUGGGUCCUUCAUUUCAUUACAGAUUGGUUCAGUUUUGAAAAUCAACACUUGUAGAUUUUAUGAUGCAUUGGAUGAUAAUUGAACCAUCAGAAGGCCCUAGAGUGGAUACAAGUCUGCAGUGCACUCCAGGGGUCUACAACCAACAACUACAAGAGCACAACUUGAACAAUUUCUGACCCCUAGAGAGCAGUCAGCCAUAUAUUUACUUGAGGACCAUCUGUGAAGGCUGCUUCCUCUUGCUUUAUCCCUUGGCACAGGUGAAUUUUUAUUUCAUGUUAGUAGAGAGGCAUUGACCAUCUCAUCACUCUCCCAUGACAUCACAUUCUGCCAGUUGCAAGUGGUCGGAGGUUUGCUAUUCCUCAUACCCUUUACCCCAUAUGUACAUCAGUUGAGUUGGUUUUUUUAAUUAGUAUUUGUGGAUGUAAAUUUUUCACAGUAUUAUGUGGUUCAUGAAAAGAAUACAUCAUUUUUGUCCUGUUAAAACUCAGUGCAACAAAUUUUAUAGGUAAAAUGGCCUGUGCUUGAUUGUAUUGAAAAUAGCCUCGGUUACCCCGUGCCUUGGCAGGACUAGCAGGAUAUAUGUAUUCCUGUCAAAAAUUUUCAUUUAAAGGACCAAAUGUAUUAAUUGUGCACAAUUUAGAAAUUGGCAGCUCCCUCUCGUGGUUCCUGUUGUCAACAAUACCAAUGGCUAUGACAAGAUAAUCUAAAAAACUUACUAAAGCCAAUUGUUAAGUAAGGUUCAUGACCUUAAAAAAUAGUCAGACACGCUGGAACUUGCUCAUCUACUUGAGACACAUCCACAUGCAGAUCUUAUUCCUGACUUUAUAUGUGAAUCCAAAAAAAUGUAUUUUGGUACAUUCUAGUAUCACUUUAAGCCUGAGAAAAUUUAAGCCUAGUGAGUUAUUCACUUGAUGGUACUGACCACAAUCGGGGCUCAUUUCAGUUUUCAUGAGCCUGCUCUACCUCAUUUCCCAUCAAAGCACAAAGAACAAACAACUCAUGAAAUGGGAAACAAAACAACAACAACAACAAAAAAGUCCCUCUUUUUUCAGUAGAGAAAUUAAUCCACUUUGCUGGUCAGAUUUCCACAUGACGUCAUCUUAAAUUGUUGUUGUAGGCAUAUAGGUUUAUUAAGUGAAGCGACUGUUUUAGAAGUAGUAAUGCCCUUUGUAACCAUCAGAAAGACUUGAUUCUUGUUCUAAUAAAUAGGAAUAGUCAUCGCUUGCAUUCAUAAUAGCCCUUUUCUUCUGCAGAAUGCGAAUGCUUCACCUCUCAUCUCAUCGAGCUUACCCUGAGUGUUGUACAAGGGUGAGUGUGUUCUUGUCUAGUUAGCAAGUGGGGAAACUGAAGUAUUGAGUAAGUGAAAGAGGAAGCAAGGACUAGAACUUAGAUCUACCAAUUCCUUAUUGACCACUCCUUCCACAAGACUGCACUGAUUCAAUCUGGUGAAUGAUAAUUGUAUGUUUCCAUUACUAUGCCUUUCUUUCUCAAAAACCAUCUCCACUACUUAGAAAAAUUAAAAUACUUGGAUUCCAGAAUUCUGUCUUGUUUUUGUUGUUGCUACUGUGCUUCAUCAUUAUCCACCCGUACACACAUGGCCACUAGAGAGAGAAAAUGUUUGUAUGACUUCACUGUUUCUAUUCCAUUGAGAAAACCAUAUCUUUCACUUUAAAGACAAGGAAUGAAUAACAGAAAAUUCAGUUAAAUGUUCAAGCCACUCUAUUCAAGAAAACUCUUUCCUGUCGCAAGGAGAGCGACAUUUUUGUCAUGUUGAAUUCUGCAUCUAGAAAAAGAAAUUGUCUUUUCUAUUCAGGAACUGCUCCGAUUAUCAAAAGGGAAAUUUUUGUUUGAAUGAAUAGCUCUGAAGUGUCCCAGGUCAACAAUAACACUGAAAUCUUUUGCCAAUACAAUUUAAAUACCUCUUGACAAUUAAGAGCUAUUUUAAAAGAAUUCCUUGGAUACUAGAUUGCUAGAUAAUUGCUUAAGGAAUUAAUUCCAACAUUUAUUAAACACUUACUAUAUGCAAGGCAGGACAAGUACAAAGACAUAUUUAAUACAAGGUAAAAUGAGAGGAAGGCAAAGAAGAAAUUCUGACAAAGAGGUCUGGGGAAAUUUGAAGCAGAGACAGAGCUCAUUUUCUGCCAAGGGAAUCAGGGAGUGCUUCACAGAGGUGGUGGCAUCUGAACUGAUGAGGAGGAAAUAUAUUCCAGGACUGGUGAACAGUUUUUGAAGUGUGAAUAUUCAAAAGAUACUGUCUCAGUCCAUUUUAUUGGACCAGCAAAAUAUCUAGGGAAGUCACAGAGCUUGUUGGAUUAAAGAAUGAAGACAGUGUGUGUCUUUAGGAUUCUGACUUCAAUGACUGGUCGCAUUACUUUGAGGUUGUGAGUGACAAAUAUUUUCUCAACUAUAGCAGACCUGGAGUUCUGUCUUCUGUAGGCCCAUAUACUCUCUGUCUUUAAAGGAUUCUAAUUUUGUCAGAGGACUUGUGGGAAAAGUCUACUGGGAUAAAGACAUCUCUUGCAGUUGUCUGCUUGUUAAAGCUUCAAGUUCAUUUCUUAACCAAACUUUAGUCACAUGGGGUAUCCCAUCAUGAAAACAACCUGUCACUCAAAGUAAAAAAAAAAAAAAAGAAAGAAACUUGCUAUUUAAAGGAAUAAGACACUAAAAAUAAAAUUGCUCUCAUCCUACUGAGGUCAUCCUUUAUUCUAGGACAGUGGAUUGACUUCUUAACCUGAAGCAAAAACAUCCAAAAUUGCCUAUAAGUUAAUUAUUUCAUAAACUUUUUUUUUUAAAGCACCUAAGGUGAUGUCUUCCUGGAACAAAGACCCCAAAGUAAACCUAGCACUUUAUGAUUUGAAAUUUCAUAAGCAACUUACUUUCCUUUUUAUCCUCAUUUGUUCUGGCCUCUUCCUCUAGCUGCUGUUUUUUCCCAUUAUCCAGUUGAAUACAAAUAUUAUUACUCUCAUCUUUAAGAACGGAUACAAUGCUAAGACAAGUAAACAGGUUAGAUUUUGUCUUAGAACUUGCCUGUGAUGUUAAAGGUGCCUGGCCACCUUUCUCUUUCUCUGGACUUAUAAUUAAUCCUUUUCUUUGAAAGUUAACUUUUGUGCAAUGGCCCACAAGCUUUAAGCUGUAGAAGGUUUCUCUGUCUAAUCCUUAAGAAGUAACUUUUUUUCCCCCAUAUCUCCUUUGGAUGGAGUGUAAUCAUCCCUGGAUACCCACAUGGAUCCAGGAUCUCAUCAGUUCAGGAGUUCUCUCCCACAAUGCAAAUGACAGCCUAUCCAUGCCUGCCAAUCCCAAGUCUCUUGCCCAUCCUCUCCCGAAGGGUCCAUCCAACAUGAUAAAGGCUUUUCUCAUUUCUCAAAUCAUGAUGGCACCAGCAGAAUCCAGUGGCUCUUAUCCCUGCCAUUCCUUGAUCUUGCCAUGUGACCAGUUCAUCUUUUCUUCAGGUUCUGAGAUUCUUUGAUGACACCCUCUGGUCCUGUUUCCUUCUGGCAUUCCUCGAUUAUGUCUUGCAGCCUACUCACAGCUGCUGUGUGCCUCCCUAUGACCCUCCCUGUGGUGCUCAUCUUUAGCUCUUAGGAGGCAGCAUCUGUGUCUUGCUGCCACACACACACACACACACACACUCAGUAUUGAAAAGAUGGACCUUUGCUUUCAUGAGAGGAUUGGGUCAGUAAAAGAGCCUUGCCAUUUCCUUAAAGCAGUCCAUCCUUUUGCCUUCUAAACUUGAGUCCAACUCCUUGCUGAGCUUUACUCUAUGUCUCAGUUAUCCGCAGUAUUGGACAAACUAUAGGGUGUCUAUCCAAAUGCAUGUUGAAAUCUGGGCAACAGACAUUCUUCCUCUAUUUUACUGAGUGGAUGCAGUGUUCUGAGACACUGUGUCAUUUGCAAACAGGAGCACCUUGAGGGCCUCACCAUCUACAAAGAAGCUUUCUUUGGCCUGGCCUCAGAGCUGCAUCUCUUCCAUCAUGAUGGCAAAUGUUCUUGGUGACUAGACAUCUUGUUUUAUGCUUCACCUGAUAUGAAUGAUUACGGGAUCACUGGACAAGGAUAUUUCUUUUGUUACAUCUUCCAAGGAAUUUUGAGUGACUUGAACGCAUGGCUGGGAGACGAAUCAAUGUGAAGGAGCCUCGAAGGCAGCAUUUUGUUCUAUUGCAUUAAAACUUUUUCAUAAUUGAUAAACAUAAAAACAGUUGGAUCUUAUAUUCUCUACCUCUUUCAGUUAAUUGUGAGGUGGUAAUGAUGUGAUACGUUGUUGAAUAUAGGUUGCAAAAACCUGCUUUUUCCCUACUUAUAUCCUCAUUAAGGAUGCCCUCAAUUUGUGUAUUUGUGAGUCUUGUUUAAAAUUUUGUAUAGAUGGGAGAGUAGCUUAUAGAUACGUAGAGCUUGAUGUUCUCUUGGUCACCAUUUUUUCAACAUGAGUAAGGUCUGAGAUUUUUUCACACUUGGUCUUUCUCAUCCUUUAGAUACCAUGUACAUUUAGUCCAUUGUUGCUCCCACAAUUUUAUCACCUGCAGCAUAAAUUUGAUCUAUAUAUACUUGGUCCAAUUUGACUGCUUUUCCCAUAUUUAUUCUCUUUACUGUCAUUUCUACUUCCUCUAUAACAACUGCUCAGACUAUGAUAUUAGAAGCUAGGUGUGGUAGGGUGGUCCACUAUCCCAAAAUUAGAAAAGUUUGUUAAAAUCGUUUUUGUAAGACUUUUCCAUUUUCGUCUUUGAAUGCCCUUGGGAUGACUUUGCUUAAUUUUAUAUCUUGCCAUGUUUUCUUUAAACUGGUUUUAUCUUCUACUUCCCUCUACUUUAUGAGACAGUACUGCUCAUAAUCUCCCAUCAUUCUUCAUUGGGUUUUAUAGGUGGUCUCUCUCUCUCUCAUUCAUUCAUUCUCACUUUCUACAAAUUCUAAUGGUCUGACUAUUCAUUUGUUGCUAAUGACUCAGGGAUAACUCCCAAUCAAUAACAAUUAUUUUCUUGUCAGUUAAAAAUCAAUGUUUCAUUCUUUAUAGGGUUAUUUGGUGCUCACCAUGUCCAGUGCCUACCAGUUCUUUUUUUUUUUUUAAAGAAAAUAUUUGUGAUAUAGAGGCAUAACGCUUCUGUGUAAUCCACAAGCCAUUGGCCUCUCUCAUUUCUUUUUCCUGAACCAUAUUUUCCCAUAUAUUUCUCCUCAACCUUAUCUUUUCCUAUCUUUACAUUAACAGCACGAAGUAUCUGAGAGUAUAUUGUUUGAUUUGAGGGAUCUUAUUGUGUUCCUCAUAAAAUUCCUCUCCCACUUCAUCCACAGCAACCCAUGUCACUGCAUCAGCUGCAAUCAUUUUUAUGGUGGUCUUUUUGUAAUUACCAUUAGUACUGCAAUAUGUGAUGACCAACAUUCCAUGAAAUAAUGCUUCUUAUAGCUUUUGGACACAGAGUAAUACCCACUCCAACUGCUUUGCAGGACUCCAAGGAGUAUUUGUGAACCAUCCUGCCAUAUGGCUGCAACUUCCUUUUUUCUUCUGGUUUUGUUUCUAGCAAGAACAUUGAGAUCGAUAAAAUUCAAUCCUUCCAGCCUUAUGUCUCCUCAUUGGUCAAUAGACAAGAAUCUCAUAUUAAGAGGCCUACUCAGUAGAUUGAAUUUUGCUUCUGACCUAAAACUUGGUGGCUUUUAAAUCCUAUAGCUUUUCCCCUUGAAGACAUAGAUCAGUUUCUUUAAGUCAGCCAGAACUUCUUGAAUAUGGAAAGCAAGUCAGAAAAGUUUCAGCGAUACACAUAGCUAGAAAAUAUGUAAGAGGGAUCAGUCACCACAUGCACAAUGCCAGGAGCAUAGUGAAUAAUUCGUUCAUUCUUUGUUGUUGCUGCCAUGUACUUCUAUUUCAAAAGUUAAACACGUGUGUCCUUAGAAUUGUUAAGAAAGUUCACAAAAUUCCUAACCCGUUCUCCUAGGCAGUCCUUUCUAUCAUUGUAUGUACAUAUGAUCUCUUUGAGUGGGAAGAAAAGUCUUGUUUUUUACCACCUAAAGCUCUUCCAUCACCACUCAUCUCACACCUCAUCACUAUCUUGCACCUGUGUGAAUGGACUGAGCAAAAGACAAGAGAAGGUCAUCAGUCACCAUGUAGGAGGCUCUGUUUCUGACCCCAAGUGCACCUCCCUCACUGUGGGUGUGUUUCUAUAGACACACGUAUAUCUCACCUUUGUCCCCUCUUAAUCUUGGGGCUUUGUUAGUUUUGUGUAAGUUAUCACAAUUAUCUCUGGUUUGCACAAGUGGCCAGUGAUUUCACUGGGUCUUAGAAAAUAGUCCAGAUGUAGGACCAGGAAAUGCAAUCUGUGUUAAAGGAGUCAUGCUUGGGAGUAGAAAUAGAAGCUCCUCCACAGGGACCCCACCUUUUUUUAAAAGAAGGCAUUUGGGGGGAUUUAUUUACAAUCUCAAGAGUCUCCCAAAAUGUCAUCUGUACCAGGGGGAACCGCUGUGUGCAGUGGGCAGGGUGACGUGUUAUGGUAGCACAAUUCCUGUGUGCUAAGAACACAGCAUCAUGUUUGUUUAAUUGCGAUUCAGGCGUGUGGCAAUUGCAAACCCAAUUCUAGGGUUGUUUUUCAUAAAAUUUUACCGUGUUCUUUUUUCUCUAUGUAUUAUUGCCUUUUUAUAAAAGGUUUUGAAGUAUUGUCUCAGUGAUAAAAGAGCGAGAUGUUAAUGGUUAUUGUAAAUUUCACCGUAUCCAAUUGUAAGUAUUUACAGGGUACAGCAAUGCCUUAGUAUGUAAUAGCAUUUGUGCAGGAGAUGUCCUUCAGCACCUGGGCAAUGAAGGAAUUUAAAAGGUCCAGAUUCUUUGUAAAUGUCCUGCUUUUUUUCUAUAUGUGUGUCUAUUUACAUGCCUUAGCAGCAUACCAACCCUCCCCUUCCCAAUUUUUUUGACCUAUUGUCAGAGUAAACAAAAAGCUGAUGUAAAGGAUGUGAGAAGUAAAUGAGUUAAUGAAACCCUAUAAAAUGAUCUAUUGUGUGGAGAGGGGAAGAGGAGAAACUCCAUAGUAUUAUUUGUAGAAUAUACAUACCUGUAGGAUGCUGUGUUAUGGGAAACCCUAGAAAUGGGCUUUUGUCAUUUCAAAGUUGGAGAGAACAAAAAAAGUAUGAAUAAACUAUAUAAAACACAAAAAA